AUGGCUGGCAUUAUAUCUGCUGCCAACCUCGGUGGUGUCGCCGAUCCUCGUCUUGGGAACGAGGCUGAUAUUAUUGGUACCAAGAAGGAACAUGAGGUGGAUGUGCACCAUGAUAUUGAGCCUCCGAAUCUGGAUGGAAAGGGCAAUAUUUACUUGGACGAAUCCAUCACUUUUGAGAACUAUCACUACUGGGCCAACCGAUCGCGUGAAGCCGAGAAGUUCAUCCGUACCGACAAUGUAGGCUUCGCAGGACUUGGCAAGCUCCUCCUUAACCGCAAGGGGAAAGAAGAAGAAUCAACCGCACCUGCUCAGCCCGAGCCUUUACCCGAGAAGACCUCAACCGACGAGAAGACAGCCGACGUCAACGCCCCAAGAACCGACGAAGGAUCAGACAAAUGGGGUGUCACCGAGACAGAAUGGGAGACUGCGCAGAGAGCUGCUCGGACUGCGACCUGGGGAUCGAUCUUCUACCUGAUCACUACUGAUAUUUUGGGUCCUACCAACGUUCCCUACGCUAUUAGCCGAAUGGGAUACGGUCCUGGCUUUGCACUUUACACUGUUUUCGGUCUCCUGGCCGCCUACUCCGGUAUGCAGCUGUGGAAAGUCUUCGUUGGCAUGGAUUCCACUCGCUUUCCCAUGCGCAACUACGGCGAUGUCGCAUUCCGUAUUUUCGGCCCUUGGGCCCGUAUUGGUGUCAACAUCCUGCAGAGUUUCCAGUUCUUCCUCAACGUUGCUUUGUUGAUUGAGAGCAACGGUCAGGGCCUGGCACAGAUGGUUGCCGGUGUCAACAACACCGGCGGUUUCCUCUGCUUCAUUGCCGCCGAGGUCAUCUUCAUGGUUAUUGGACUUGUCCUUGGACAGAUCCGAACCCUGCAGCGUCUCUCAUGGUUGGCAAACCUCGCUAUCUGGGGUAACGUUUUUGUCAUCAUUAUGACCAUGGUUGUUGUCUUCUACUACCCUCCUAACUACGCCGCUGUGCUUACGAGCUACGGUAUCGAGAAGGGUCCAAUUGUCACCAGCGCGAACUGGACCGCGGGCUUCGGCCUCGAGGACCGAGUCAACGCCAUGAUGAACGCCGUCUUCGCCUACGGUGGCGCCACCCUCUUUAACGAGCUGAUGGCUGAGAUGAGACGUCCUAUGGAUUUCUGGAAGGGUUUCAUCAUUGCCGAGAUCUUCAUCUACGUCUGCUACCUCGUCAACGGAAUGGUUGUCUACUCCGCUCAGGGUCAAUUCACCUAUAACCCUGCCUACGAGGGAAUCCCCAACACCAACGGCGCCUACCGCUGGCAAACUGUGGGCAACGCCAUUUCCUUCGUCACAGGUGUCAUUGCUGCCCUGCUAUACGGCAACAUCGGUAUCAAGGUCUUCUACUCCUCCGUUCUCCGUGAUCUCUUCCACUUCCCCCCGCUGGACAGCAAGAUUGGAAAAUGGAUCUGGGUGGCCUGUGUACCUGUCUACUGGAUCCUUGCCUGGGUCGUCGCCGCUGCCAUCCCCCAGAUCAGCAACUUGACCUCCUUCGUCGACGCGAUGCUCCCUGAGGAGGAAUUCAACCCGCGCACUGGCAUGGCCCAGCGUGUGGAUCACGGUGUCAAGCGCUGGAUUCGUGGUUAUAAGGUGAAGUUCUGGUGGAACACCUUCGACGUCCUCUACGCGCUUGCUGCUCUUUCUACUGCUGGUCUUGGUAUUUGGGCAUCUGUCAUGGGAAUGAACGCUAGCUUCAAGAGCACGGCGCUGACUCCGUUCAGCUGUACCAAUCCUGCUGGUUAA